AUAUGGAGUCUUGAAAGUGCAGGUUCUUAUUUAGGUUGGUGUCAAUUCCAUUUGGUUACCCAUCAUCUUGAUUCUUGAAAAUUUUGAAAACAGCAAACAAUGUCGCACGCCCCUCUAGCCGUGCCUCAAAAUGGGACGAUGGAACAUCAUCAAGAACCGGGGGGCUCUUUGUUCGAAAACGGAGAUUGUGAUCUCUCUAGGUCACUGGGAAGGUCUAGACCGACAAGCAUAGAACGAAACAGAUCAUUUGAUGACAGGUCCUUCAGUGAAUUGCCUUCAAGUGACCAUUAUUUAGACAACAGCGUGUUCUCCCCAGGAAGGAGGUCUUCUUCCAUGGGCACUCCAACUUCUGGGUUUGAACCACACCCCCUCAUGUCUGAAGCAUGGGAUGCCUUAAGGCGUUCCAUUGUUUCCUUUCGUGGCCAACCCGUUGGGACAAUUGCAGCACUUGAUCACUCCACUGAAGAGCUAAACUACGACCAGGUAUUUGUGAGAGACUUUGUGCCGAGUGCUCUGGCUUUCUUGAUGAAUGGCGAACCAGAAAUAGUGAGAAAUUUUCUUUUGAAAACACUCCGGCUUCAGUCGUGGGAGAAGAAGAUAGACCAGUUCAAGUUGGGGGAAGGGGUGAUGCCAGCCAGUUUCAAGGUGCUCCAUGACCCAGUCAGGAACUUUGAGACCCUCAUUGCAGACUUUGGUGAGAGUGCCAUUGGCAGAGUGGCUCCUGUUGAUUCCGGCUUCUGGUGGAUCAUAUUGCUUCGCGCAUACACCAAGUCAACUGGGGACACUUCCUUAGCCGAAUUGCCCGAAUGCCAAAGGGGCAUAAGGCUCAUCCUCACACUAUGUCUCUCCGAAGGAUUCGACACAUUUCCAACCCUCCUAUGUGCUGAUGGCUGCUCCAUGAUCGACCGCAGGAUGGGAAUUUAUGGAUAUCCAAUAGAAAUACAAGCUCUUUUCUUUAUGGCAUUAAGAUGUGCCUUGCUUUUGCUGAAGCAAGAUGAAGAAAGCCGAGAAUGUAUUGACCAAAUAAUCAAACGCCUUCACGCCUUGAGUUACCACAUGAGGAAUUACUUCUGGCUGGACAUCAAACAGCUCAACGACAUUUACCGUUACAAGACGGAGGAGUACUCCCACACCGCCGUCAACAAGUUCAACGUCAUGCCGGACUCUCUUCCCGACUGGGUGUUCGAUUUCAUGCCCAGCCGCGGCGGUUACUUCAUCGGCAACGUCAGCCCGGCGAGGAUGGAUUUCCGGUGGUUCUGCUUGGGCAAUUGCGUCGCGAUCCUGUCGUGCCUGGCCACGCCGGAGCAGUCUUCGGCGAUAAUGGAUCUGAUCGAGUCGCGGUGGGCGGAUCUGGUCGGGGAGAUGCCUCUGAAGAUCUGUUACCCGGCGAUGGAAGGGCACGAGUGGAGGAUCGUGACGGGGUGCGAUCCGAAGAACACGGGGUGGAGCUACCACAACGGCGGGACGUGGCCGGUUCUGCUCUGGCUGCUGACGGCGGCGAGUAUCAAGACGGGGAGACCGCAGAUCGGGAGGAGGGCGAUCGAGAUGGCGGAGGGGCGGCUGUUGAAGGACGGGUGGCCGGAGUAUUACGACGGGAAGCUGGGGCGGUUCGUGGGGAAACAGGCGAGGAAGAUGCAGACGUGGUCGGUUGCGGGUUACCUUGUGGCGAGGAUGAUGCUCGAAGAUCCAUCUCAGCUGGGGAUGAUUGCUCUUGAGGAAGACAAGCAGAUGCUCCCUCAGAUCAAACGUUCUUCUUCUUGGAUCUUCUGAUCCACUCCACUUUUUGGAUGCUAAUACAACUUAAUUUCCUUCUUCAAAGUAUAAACAAUGAUAAAUGAAAUUAUUUCCUGAAUUAUUAAUGAUAAAUGAAAAUGAAUGCCUAAAAAAUGAUAAAUGAAAUUAGAUAGUGUUU